AUGAAAUACGUUAUUGUUUCUGGUGGUGUUAUCUCAGGCAUCGGUAAGGGUGUUCUAGCUUCCUCCACGGGGAUGCUACUGAAGACGCUUGGUCUCAAAGUCACUUCUAUCAAAAUUGACCCUUAUAUGAACAUCGAUGCGGGGACGAUGUCUCCCUUGGAGCAUGGUGAGUGUUUUGUUCUUGAUGAUGGUGGAGAAACUGAUUUGGACCUCGGAAACUACGAAAGAUACCUCGGUAUAACCUUAAGCAAAGACCAUAAUAUCACCACUGGUAAGAUAUAUUCUCAUGUUAUUUCCAGAGAAAGAAAAGGCGAUUAUUUGGGAAAGACUGUACAAAUUGUUCCUCAUUUGACUAAUGCGAUCCAGAGCUGGAUUGAGCGUGUUUCAAGAAUUCCAGUGGACGAUACAGGCUUGGAACCUGACGUCUGUAUCAUUGAAUUGGGUGGUACUGUAGGUGAUAUUGAAAGUGCACCUUUUGUGGAAGCGUUACGUCAAUUCCAGUUCAAAGUUGGCAGAGAGAACUUUGCGCUAAUCCAUGUCUCAUUGGUGCCUGUUAUCCAUGGCGAACAAAAGACCAAACCUACUCAGGCUGCAAUCAAAGAUUUAAGAUCACUGGGACUUAUCCCUGACAUGAUUGCCUGUAGAUGUACCGAAGAACUAAGCGCAGCCACGAUCGAUAAGAUCGCCAUGUUUUGCCACGUGGGACCCGAGCAAGUAGUCAACGUUCAUGAUGUUAACUCGACGUACCACGUACCCCUGCUGUUACUGAAACAACACAUGAUCGACUAUCUACAUACAAGAUUGAACUUAGAAAGUGUUCCAUUGACUUCAGAGGACAAGGAAAGGGGAUCCCAAUUGUUGGCCGGCUGGGAGGCCAUGACCAAGAGCCUGGAUGAUUCCGACGAUGUGGUUAAGAUUGCCCUUGUUGGCAAAUAUACGAAUUUGAAGGACUCGUACUUAUCAGUGACGAAAUCGCUAGAACAUGCAAGCAUGAAAUGUCGCCGCCAAUUAGAAAUCCUUUGGGUGGAGGCAAGUGACCUGGAACCCGAGACCCAAGAGCUGGACAAGAACAAGUUCCACGAGUCAUGGAACAAACUCAGCUCCGCCGACGGCAUCUUGGUUCCCGGUGGGUUUGGCUCGAGGGGCAUAGAAGGUAUGGUCCUUGCCGCCAAAUGGGCCCGUGAAAGCGGUGUUCCCUUCCUGGGAGUGUGUCUUGGGUUGCAGGUUGCUGCCAUCGAGUUUUCCCGUCAUGUGAUGGGCCGCCCAAACAGCAGCUCUACAGAAUUUUUGGACGAGUCGCUAUUAAAACCUGAGGACCAAGUAGUCAUAUACAUGCCCGAAAUCGACAAGGAACACAUGGGCGGAACGAUGAGACUGGGGUUGAGGCCCACGAUCUUCCAACCAGGCUCGGAAUCGAGCCGGAUAAGGAAGCUGUACGGCGGUGCUAGCGAAGUACACGAGAGACACCGCCAUCGGUACGAGAUUAAUCCUGCGUUGGUGGACGAGAUGGAGUCACGUGGCCUUGUUUUUGUGGGCAAGGACGAAACCGGCCAGCGUUGCGAAAUAUUCGAGUUGAAAGGCCACCCUUACUACGUGGGGGCCCAAUACCAUCCGGAAUACACUUCCAAAGUGUUGGAGCCAUCGAGGCCGUUCUUGGGGCUUGUGGCUGCAGCCUCCGGAAUGCUUGACGAGUUGGUCCAGGGCAUGAACACCAUGAAUGAAUAA